CGGUUUAGUAACCGCUAGAGCGCCAAAGCUUACGGACUGUAUUACUGUAAUGUGGGUAUUUCAGCCACAAGAAUCUAUAUUUCUUAGACAAGUCUUGUGGUAAAUAUUUUUGGACCUUUUGUUAGGAACUUGCAUCAGGGAAAAGACCAAAGGUGGUAAGAUCUUUUGAAAAUUACACCUGUAAAGUUAUUCGUUUAGCAUAACGUUAUACAGUUAGUUUUAAACAUAGUAACGUUAGUCGUUUCAGCUGUUAGAACUGACUGAAACUCUAAUUAGGCAUAUUUUACAUUAUGUGGAAUCAAAGUCAGUUGACCUCAGAAAUAGUGUUGAAAGGGGGUAUUAUGUUUCUAGCACAUUUACUGCUUGAUAUUUCCUCAGGUCUUUUGUAUUUUCUGCUGUACUGAAGUGGAUGAACCUGUUUUUCAACCUCUAACGUUACUAAAAAGAUUAAAAAAAUAAAAAAUAAAUAGCCCAGUAUUUUAUUGUAUUGCAAAGUUUCUGCUGCUAAAAUACUUAAUUUCUUAAGAAUAUCGUUCAGCCCACCGUUAUAAAUAUUUAAUACAAGUAUGUUUCAACACAGUGUAUGACGAAAUUAUAAUUACUUAACAAACACCAUUAAAUCUUGGAACGUAAAAAAAAAAUCAAGUUGUUUGUGAUAAAAGUUUGCUGUUUCGUGGUUUCUCACUCUUAUUUGAAGGAAGCAUUUGCAAUGUAAAAGUCAGCAUUUUUUAUUUUGGUUGUGUAGAAACAUCACAAAGCAAGCACAUGACCUGAAAAAAGAGGAAAGAUAUGUUUUCAGUUUGCUUCUUCCAGUUUAAAAUCCUCCAUGACUUUGGAUAAACUCACAAGUGUCUCUGCCUUAACCUUUUAAAAAUCUCUUUACAAACCUUUCUUCAAAACAUAUAAAAGCAAAUAGCCAUUUAAUUCAUUUUUCAUAGCUAGAAAAUGACAAUUUGCCAGCAUGUUAAUCACAACGUGGAUGUGUUUGAUCUCAACAUUACAAUCAAUGUCAUAUCCUACUGACGUCAGAUGGUAGAGUCUCUUCUUGUAUUUACAAAAAGGGAGUGUGCACUACACAGGUUAUGUAGUGUGUUUGCACUUAUGGCUUAGUGCACUUAAGGAACUACUGCUCAACAGGACCAGUUGCGGAUCUUGUCUUUUAGGGAGCUGUGGUCCGGGGCUGGAUGGGGUGACCUCUGCAGACACAGAACCCCUCAUAAAGGAUCCAAGACCCAAGGAGCUCAGUGCCGUCUCACACAUGGAUGUUCAGGGGUACAAAUGGGUGUGCUGGAAGGUGUGGUUGUGUCGUAUUGGGGCGGUAUGUUCUUUAGGCCUGCUACUAGUGCUCUUCAACUGGCGCCCUCGCCUCAGCAUCCUGGCCCGCUGCAAAUCCUGUCCCAUUUCAAUGGCGGAUGUUUUGCUAUUAAAGGACCGAUAUGGACAGCAGUUUGUAGUAGAUGUGCUUACAGAGGAUAUUGAGGAAGGCCGUUUGGAGUUCGCAGUAGGAGAGACAGAUGAGAAUGAAUGGAGAGACACCGUGCAGCUACACAGUGAAAAGAAAACACAGCUCACAUACUAUGUGUUUGAGGGCAUGCGCUACAUAUGGAUUGCCAGGAAAGGAGCCUUUUGCAAAGCAAGCAUUCUCAAUGAAGGCUGGACCUGCGCUGACUUGCAUGGCCAACAACAAGGACUGAGUAAAGCAGACCAAAGCACAAGAAAGCAGAUUUUUGGGGCCAAUGUCAUUGAUGUACCUGUGAAAUCUUACUUACAGCUUCUCUUUGAGGAGGUGCUCAAUCCAUUCUACAUAUUUCAGGUGUUCAGCAUCAUCCUGUGGAUGUCAGACAGAUACUAUUAUUAUGCUGCUUGUAUCCUAAUCAUAUCCUUAAUUUCAAUUGGCGUGUCUCUUUAUGAGAUUCGUAAGCAAAGCACCACUCUCCGCCGCAUGGCCCGGUUGAUAGUGAACGUGACCGUGCGUAGAGACACGGGAGAGGAGGAGUGUGUGAGCUCUGAGGAGCUGGUUCCAGGGGACUGUAUUGUGAUUCCAGCCGAGGGUUUGCUUCUGCCCUGCGAUGCCGCCCUGCUGGCAGGGGAGUGCAUGGUGAAUGAAAGCAUGCUGACUGGUGAGAGCAUACCAGUGAUGAAGACACCAUUGUCUGUGUCUGAAGCCACAUACAGUUCAGAGUCUCAACGCCGACACACAUUAUUUUGUGGCACACAGCUCAUCCAGGCUAAAGGAGGCGGUCCUGCUAGGAAUGGGGCCAUUGCUGUUGUAACAUGCACAGGGUUUUUUACUGCCAAAGGAGACCUUAUUAGCUCUAUCCUUUACCCUCAGCCAUUAGACUUUCGCUUCUACAGGGAUGCUAUGAAGUUCCUACUAUUUCUAGGACUUUUGGCUCUGGUCGGCACUAUUUAUAGCAUUGUGAUACUUUUAAAGAGUAAUACAACCUGGCAAGACGUAGUCAUCCGGUCUCUGGAUAUUGUGACAAUAAUAGUUCCACCUGCUCUUCCGGCUGCUAUGACUACAGCCACUAUCUAUGCCCAGAGUCGCCUGAAGCAUCACGGGGUAUUCUGCAUCAGCCCACCCCGCAUUAAUAUCUGUGGCAAGAUAUCACUUUUUUGUUUUGAUAAGACUGGUACUCUUACGGAGGAGGGUCUGGAUGUGUGGGGCGUGAUGGAAGUGAGUGGAGCAGUAUUCGGUGAGCUGGUCCCUGACCCUCUCUUUCUUCCUCCUGGACUGAUGCUCUCUGCGCUUGCCUCCUGCCAUUCUUUGGCUUUGUUGGGGGGUCAAGCACUUGGAGACCCACUAGAGCUCAAAAUGAUAGAAUCCACUGGAUGGGAACUGACAGAGCCGGAGAAUGAGAUGGGGCUGGACUCUGAAUUUGGCAAACACAGAGUACUAGCAGUGAUGAGACCUCCUGCAUCUGAGCUCCCGUCACAAGGAAAUUCCGUCAGUCAGCCAGUGGCAAUCAUACGGCGAUUCCCAUUCUCCUCUUCUUUGCAAAGGAUGAGCGUGGUGACCAUUGGUCCAGGUGGAGCUUGUCCUGUUGCAUUCAUUAAAGGAGCUCCUGAAAUGGUUGCCAGCUUCUGCCUUAGAGAAAGUGUGCCUUCUCAUUUUUCACCCACUCUCCGGGAGUAUGCGAGCCAGGGCUUCAGAGUCCUUGGAUUUGCCUACAAGCACCUCACUAAGGAGACCAACCUAAAAACUGUUGAAAGGGUGGAGGUGGAGAAAGACAUGAACUUCCUGGGUCUGUUGGUAAUGAAGAACCAGGUGAAGCCAGAGAGUGCAGAAGUCAUUCGCACACUUAAAUUGGCACAAUUACGGCCUGUUAUGGUUACAGGUGACAAUAUUCUCACUGCUGUGAAUGUAGCAGGUGCGUGUGGAAUGGUGCUGUCACAUGAGAAGGUUAUUUUUGUUCAUGCAUCGCCCCCUACCGCCAGUGCAAUGGCCUCACUGCAGUUUCAUCAGGGAGAUGGUGCAGUAGCCACUAUUGAUACUCAGGAGACUAUUGAUAUUUCAGCACAGGGUCUCUACCAGAACGGUGCCGGCUAUCAUUUGGCUAUAAAUGGCAUGUCCUUUGCGGCACUUUGUGAUUAUUUCCCUGAAUAUCUGCCCAAGAUUCUGAUGAGGGGAACAGUGUACGCCCGCAUGACCCCAGAACAGAAAACCCAGCUGGUAAAAGCACUUCAGAAUCUCAAUUACAGGGUGGGCAUGUGUGGUGAUGGAGCCAAUGACUGUGGAGCACUGAGGGCUGCCGACGUCGGUGUGUCGUUGUCUGAGGCUGAGGCCUCUGUAGCGUCUCCUUUCACAUCCAAGUCUGACAACAUUAGCUGCGUGCCUCUACUCAUCAAGGAAGGCAGGUGUUCACUGGUGACAUCAUUCAGUCUUUUCAAGUACAUGGCCUUGUACAGUCUCAUCCAGUUUGCCUCUGUACUUAUUCUCUACACUGAGAAAACAAACUUGGGAGACUUGCAGUUCCUCUUCUUUGAUUUAGUUUUGGUGACUGUUUUGGCUAUAGUGAUGGGACGGGGAGGUCCCAGCGAUGAGCUCCAUCCCCAGCGACCCGCUGCCAGUCUUCUGUCUCUGCCAGUCCUGUCUAGUUUACUGCUGCACACUGUGCUGCUGAUCCUAGCCCAGGUGUCUGCCCUGCUUAUCACCAUGUCACAAGACUGGUAUGUCCCUGUAAAUUCCACUGUGACGGGAGCUGCAAACUUGCCCAACAUGGAGGACACAAGUAUAUUUGCCUUAUCGGGAUUCCAGUAUAUCAUCAUGUCUAUUGUGAUCACCAAAGGAUACCCUUACAAAAAACCACUGUAUUACAAUUAUUGGUUUGUAGGGGCACUGUUGGUUUUCUUUGCACUUAUGAGCUGGCUGGUUCUUUUCCGUCACACCAUCAUCCAUAAAGUGCUGCAUCUGUAUGACAUCAACGAUAUGAACUAUAAACUACUGCUGGUGGCUGUAGCAGCGCUCAACUUCUUCAUAUGCUACUUGCUUGAGAUUCUUAUUGACCGAGGUGCCCUGAACUGCCUUCAAAACCUCAGGGGAAAACGCGAGUCCAAAAAGCAGUACAAACGUCUGGAUGCCCAUCUUGCAGGAACACCUUCAUGGCCUCCCCUGAACCAGCCCUUGUUCCCAACUCAGUGCUCCGUCAUCGGUGUUAGCUAACACCUACCUCCUGCUUUAGAAUUUCAAUUCCCAAUGCACAUAUCCAGGAUUGCCAAAGAUCUGAUACCACCUCUCAGUGCACUAGUGAGGUAUGCGUACCAGGUGUCAUCCUUGUCUGCCUAUUAUAUAUGGCACAAAACUUACCAUGGCAACAAAGAAUGGACUGUUAGCAAUGGUGUUUCCAAUACAAAACAUAACCGAAGAAUAAAAUCCUUUAAGUAUUUUGAAAGGGUGUUCUGAUUAAUUAAGAAAAAGGGUAAAAACACAUUUCCCCAGAAUAUUUAUUAUAUUUACCAAAAGAUUUUUUUUUUUUAAAUCAUAUUAAUUCAAAUAGAGGGCAUAUUGCCUUGAGAAGUGCUUGAUUCAGUUACUAGCUUAAAUACAAAAUACUGAGUAUUUCUAAACAUAUGUUUUUUCCCCCCAAAGUUAUUUUAUACAUGCUACCUACCGUACUUUAUUCUCUGUGGCCUCUAUGACCCUUAAUUAAAGUCACAAUGAAAAGAAAGUA